UUAGUGGACUACUAUUUACCGCCCCAAAUUACUACCCACCGCCCCAAUCUUGACCAAACUACCCCUACUCCUUUUUCAACUCAAAAAACAAAAAACUCAUCCUCUCAACUUCCUCUCAAACCAAAAUCCAUUACAAAAUCUCAAGCAAUAAUCGAAGCCGAUUUAUGUCGGAAUUGGCGAAAGAAAAAAGACGGGGACCUCCGAAAGAAGGACCCGGUAAUGGUGGCAGGGGAAAGAGUAAGCCUAUUAUAGCUGAAUCUGAUUUUGAGGAGUCGGGACAACGAAAUGUUCGAAAGCGUGGUGUGAGUGCCUCAGUCCGACGUCACAAGAAGGGGACUCCUGCUAUUGAGGGAGCUAGUGAGACGCCAGUCGAUGAUCAGAUACAGGAUGAUCGGAUGGAGGAUGAUGACAUGGAAGACCGUCGGAUAGACGAUGCUGAUUUUGAGACUUCUGAGGACGAGAGUUUAGGACCAAUCGCGAACAUUCGACGGAAAAAGGGGAAAGAUGGACGGUUUAUUGCUGAAACGUCAUCAGUGACGAGUAGAAGAGCCAGGACUGAAAUACCUGCUUGGACUGUUAGUGAUCCAGUGCCAGGUGGACCUGAGGACGGGAGUAUUAUUCCCAGUUUCCUUGGACAUGUCGCUUAUGGAAUAUGGACAGGGAAGGAGGAGCGAGGCACUCUGAAGUGUCAGAGUAGACAUGCAGUUUGUAAGAGGCUGUCAGCAUGGCAUCAUGACGCCUCAGACGAGGUCAAACACCUGAUAGCCGAGAGUGGUUUGGGGCAUCUCCCUGAUAUUAUGUUCAGUCACUUGGAUAUUCCGCUCCUUUCUGCAUUUGUGGAGCGAUGGCAGCCUGAUACUAACUCUUUUCACCUGCCAUUCGGGGAGAUGACCAUUACACUGCAUGACGUGUGGAUUAUUCUCCGUAUUCCUGUGGACGGGAAAGUGGUUUCAGAUAAGCCCGGGAAACAGUUGUUGCUUGCCUCCUGUGUAGAGAUUUUAGGGAUCUCUAUGGAUGACUUGUUAGCUAAUUCGACGAAGCAUUAUGAAAAUGGAGGGGUUCUGAUUGAGUCCAUUUUUAGGAAUUGUGGACGGGGUUUGAGUGCUGAGGUUGAGGCAAUAGCGUGGAUGUGGCUGACGCUAGGUUGCACUCUUUUCGUCGAUAAGACUGGCCACCGGGUUAAACCAGCCUGUCUUUGGGAGGUUAGGGAUGGAGUCGCAGACGCGAAGGAUUAUUCUUGGGGUUCUGCUACACUGGCCUAUUUAUUUCGUCAGUUAGGAAUCGCCUCCAGAGGCGACUGUCACGGUUUGUCUGGGUGUCUGACACUUCUCCAGGCUUGGAUAUACGAGUAUUUUCCAUGUUUCAGACCCCAGCGAGAUAGGCUGAUUACAGAGAUUGGCACUCCUCGAGCACUCAGUUGGAGUGUAUCCGGGACAGAGUGCACAGAGAUCCGGCUUCAGUCAUUGCGUGCCCGCAUAGACAGUUUGACUGCCGACGAGGUGUCGUGGCUUCCCUUUGGUGGUGGCCCUGCUGCAGUCCUUCAGCGGACUGCUUACAUGGGUUGGAUAGUGUACAGGGACAUUGUUGAGCCGUACAUGUCCGCCAGAUUUGUACGUCAGCUGGGGUAUGUGCAGAGCAUACCGUCGCCUAUUCUUCGGCCGGAAAAGGCCGUUAGGGCGUGGAAUUCAAAGUUGUACAAUGUGGAGAUGGCUCAGAUUGGUGCGGUCGACGGGUGGCAGGGUUUUCCUAUGACUUGCAUGCUUCCUUUGACGUUGCUCGAGCCAGCCACUGUUCUUGCUGGAGCUUGCCAUCCCGCGUACUUGGAGUGGUACGCACGAUUUUCCCACCCGCAGGUCCUUAGCUCUGACGUUACAGCUUCACGAGGCCGUCCUUCUCGCUCCAACAUUGAUUAUUGGGUAAAUCGUUUCAGUUCCCUGAGCCAGAGAAAUCUCACGCGUAUCACUGCGGCUAGUGCGCCGUUUGCCAUUCCGGAGAUAGAUCAGAGCAUAUCUGAGUCGACCACUGACUUGGAGCGACUCAUUGCAGACUGGCGGCUGGCAGAUUGAGAUUAUUGUUUUUAGUACUCUAUGAUAUUAUGGUUUUUUUUAUUUUGUUUGUUGUACUAUUAUGUUAUGUUUUUAGUACUCUAUUAUGUUAUGUUUUUAGUACUCUUUAGUACUCUAUUAUGUUAUGUUUUUAGUACUCUAUUAUGUUA